AUGAAUCGAAAUUUGCUAAAAGAAAAUAUCACAGAGGUAGAAGAGUUGAUGAAACGAGAUAGUGAAACUAUCAAAAAGAUAAUUGAAGAUCAUGUUGAAAAGGGUUCUAUUGUACAUACUGAUUGUUGGAAAGGUUAUUUAGGUAUAGAGGAUCUUGGUGUUACACAUAAAUCUGUGAAUCAUUCGAAAAAUUUUACUGACCCGAUAACUGGUGUUCACACGAAUACGAUAGAAGGUUUGUGGAAUGGUAUUAAAUUACAGAUUGCACCACGUAACAGAAAUAAAAAUUUAAUUAAAGAUCAUUUGUUAGAAUUUAUUUGGCGCAGGAUAAACAAAGACAAACUUUGGGAUGC